AAGUUUGUCGCUGGCCGCGUUCAGUAGUUCGGCUCGCUAGAACGCACCGAGCAGCGGGGAACACCGAUUACCAACGCCUAAAUCCCUCCCAGUCGCAGCGGAAGAUCGCGGGAAAAUAGAAAACUCCGAAAAACUCGGAUAACCGUUUUUAUUUUCUAUCCCCCUUUUCGUUCGUUCCUGUUUUUCGUUAUUUCUGUUUUUCGCGCUUAAUGUUUGGCACCCCUUCCCCGAGUUCUGGGGAAAAACAAUCUGGCAUUUCUCUUAUCACAGAAAAAGACAAUCACAAAAUAAGAAGUAACUGUGGUGUGUGCGCUGUCUCUAAAGCAAAUGAACCAGAGUUAAAGAGAUUACAAGUAACGCCUUUGAGCCAAUGAGGAGAGUUUUAAUCCGGAGAACAAAGGUUACCAAUAUCAGAAUUGUGUCCCACUGAGACGAAGCGGGAAGAUCGCCAAGUGCAGAGUGCAGAGGUCGCCAGCUCAAAUCGACAAAUGAAAACCAAAAACAAGAUCAACAUCAACAGCACCAACUGCCAAUGCUUUAGCCACUCGAGUCAAGGAAUCGCCCUCAUUGAUGAGAAGAACGUACUGAGGAUACACAGCCACACGUACAAGUGCUUGAACCACAAUCCGCGACCUCGGAUACUUGGCUGAUA